AUGGCAGCCAAGAUAUCAAGGGACCAGGUCAAAAGGAACAACACUGAGGGUUCUUGCUGGGUGAUUGUAAACGAUAAAGUAUAUGACAUUACAAGUUUCUUGGCAGACCACCCUGGUGGAGACGGAAUACUGUUAGAAUUUGCUGGCACUGAUAUCACUUUUGUUCUAAACGACAUCAACUAUCACACACAUUCGGAUGCAGCUUACGAUCUUUUGACUGAACAUUAUAUCGGCGAUCUUGCAAAGGAGGAGGAGAAAGAUGAUGCAGUGGAAAGCUUGAAAGUGAAUGAUCCCAAGCAAGGACAAAAGACAACUACAAAGGAUAAGAUGGUUGUGGGCUCAGAACGCGAUGAACAAUUUCUGGAUCUUCGCAAAGCCCUGUUUCCGCAACUAUGGAAUGCAACCUACUCAAAGGAAUUCUAUUUGGAACAAGUCCAUCGACCUCGAUAUACGCCAUAUACGGUGCCUUAUUUUGACCAUCCACUAUUGGAUAAGUUAUCUAAAACAAAUUGGUAUGUAGUACCGAUGGUAUGGUUACCCUUUGUGUUUUACCAGGCGUGGAGAUCCCUUCAUUGUUCUGGCGCCUCUACCGAGAUUCUGAUCCAAGGCUUUGUCAGUGGCAUCUUCUUUUGGACCUUGUUUGAAUACAUAUUGCAUCGAUUUUUGUUCCAUUUGGAUGACUUGGUACCAGAUCAUCCCAUAUUUCUGUUGAUCCAUUUCACAUUGCACGGUAUUCAUCACCAUAUGCCAAUGGACCGCUUGAGAUUGGUCAUGCCACCUGCAUUGACAGUAAUUUUAAGUGUGCCCGUCUUUAAAAUAGCACAUGGCCUGUUUUACCCUGCAUUUGCAUUUGCAUUUGUUGGUGGCACCUUCUUUGGCUACAUAUGUUACGACAUGAUUCAUUACUAUCUUCAUCAUGCAAAGGUUCUGGAGAUUUACUUCAAGGAACUCAAGAGAUACCAUGUUGCCCAUCACUACAAAAACUUCAACAGUGGAUUCGGAAUCACUUCAAAAUUAUGGGAUUAUGUUUUUGGCACAGUGUUAACCUAUGAAAACUCUAAAUCAUAA